AUGGCCGAAUCUGCGCACAGACUGGAUCUUAGAGUAGGCGGCAAAUACAGACUUGGGAAAAAGAUCGGUUCAGGGUCAUUUGGCGAUAUCUACCUUGGUAUUAACAUCAUCUCUGGUGAAGAGGUCGCCAUCAAGCUCGAAUCAGUCAAGGCCAAGCACCCCCAGCUCGAGUAUGAGUCCAAGGUCUACAAGACCCUCGCCGGCGGUGUUGGCGUCCCCUUUGUGAGGUGGUUUGGAACCGAGUGUGACUACAACGCCAUGGUUCUCGACCUCCUCGGACCCUCUCUCGAGGAUCUCUUCAACUUCUGCAACCGCAAGUUCAGCCUCAAGACCGUUCUUCUCCUCGCUGAUCAACUGAUCUCUCGCAUCGAGUACAUCCACUCUCGCAACUUCAUCCACCGUGACAUCAAGCCCGACAACUUCUUGAUGGGCAUCGGCAAACGUGGCAACCAGGUCAACGUCAUUGACUUUGGUCUCGCGAAGAAAUUCCGCGACCCAAAGACACAUCUCCAUAUUCCUUACCGAGAGAACAAGAAUUUGACCGGUACCGCCCGCUACACUUCCAUCAACACCCACUUGGGUGUCGAGCAAGCCCGUCGUGACGACCUCGAAUCCCUCGCCUAUGUCCUCAUGUACUUCCUCCGCGGCGCUCUGCCCUGGCAAGGCCUCAAGGCUGCUACCAAGAAGCAGAAGUACGACCGUAUCAUGGAGAAGAAGAUGACCACCCCCACCGACCUUCUCUGCCGUGGAUUCCCCAACGAGUUUGGCAUUUUCUUGAACUAUACCCGUGCCCUUCGCUUCGAUGACAAGCCCGACUAUUCGUACCUUCGCAAGCUCUUCCGCGACCUCUUCGUUCGCGAAGGUUAUCAGUACGAUUACGUUUUCGACUGGAGUGUCCAGCGUGGAGCUCAGGAGGACCAAGCUGCCUCCAGCUCGAAGGUUCCAGUCGGCCGUCGCAAGGUCGUUCAGGAGGCUGACGAGGACCAUCGUGCAAGCGACAGAAUGCUUCGCUCCCACACCAGGCAGGCUCAGCAGGCCGGUGGAUCCGGAAUGCCUCAGGCCAGGGCUGGCCGGGGUCGUGAUGCUGAAGUCUGGUAA